CUGCAACCCCCCAUCUGUGCUGUGUAGACCAGGUCUUGGGCUCUUAGCCGGCCACCUUCUCCGCUUUCUCAAAGGGCUGCCCGCCUCGCCGACCGCUACGAGGGCUGAAGCCUCGCCCCCUUCUCUGUGCCCCAGCCUUACCCCCAUCCAACAAUUUGCCUGUCCACCACGGCCAAACACCACAACCGCAACCACCUCCACCUCCACCUCCACCUCGACCACCCUGCCCACUGCCCUCGUCCGCCCGCCGCCAACAAAUUCAUUGUUCCAUGGUAUUCGAAUAACCCGCACCCCGGGGUUCAAGCUGUGUGCAAUCCGCAUUAAUCUGCCGCCCACGCAUCAGCCCCGGCCCGCCGCAGCCCAGCCCGGCACCGCUCGAGAUGGAUCCUCCCAACAAGCGACGCAGGCUUGCGCCCAAGGUCCCAGAACCUGCUCCUAUUCCCACAGCUUCAGUAGCCGCGGCCGCAGCAGCAGCAGCAGCAGCCGCCACUGUUCCCACCCCUGCGACCACGCCCCAACAGGCCCAGUACAGCCCCGAGCAGACCCGCCAGCACUUUCCCGUGCAGGAACCUGCCCAUGCGCAAGCCCAUGCCGCUGAGCGCCAUGACUUUGAAUCCUUUGCCCGCCACCUGCAGGAUGCCGCCAUGCUCAUAUACCGCAAGAUGGAGAAGACGCCCUCCUACACCAGCGCCUCCGUCCUGCUCCUGCGCUGGGAGGAGGACACCUCCGUGGAGCACGAGCUGGUCGCCCUGGAGAAGGUCUUCCGCGACAAGUACAACUACCACACCGACAAGUGGGCAAUACCCACCGUGCCAAACCCUAGCAUCAAGCUCAGCCUCCAGAUGGCCGGGUUCAUGGACAAUGCGAGGAGCGAUCACUUGCUGAUCAUCUACUACGCCGGCCAUGGCUACGUCGGCGCCGACAAGCAGCUGUAUUGGGCAAGCAACACCCGCGAGGAUGCCUGCAAGCUCAAGUGGAGCGGCGUGCGGUGUCUCUUCGAGGAUGCCUCAUCCGACAUCCUCCUCCUCCUUGACACGUGUGCUAUCCACGAUGCCCCCGUGGCUGGCAGCAACGGGGUCAAGCAGGCCAUCGCGGCCUACACGCCCAGCCAGCGAGAUGCCGAGUAUCCCACUCGCUCCUUCACAGCACACCUGGUUGAUUCUCUGUACAAGCUCAGCUCCGGGAGGCCUUUUACUGCGCAGCGCCUACACGAUGAGAUCAUGCGUCGCAGGAGUGACGACCUGGCCGCCAGGCUCAGCAACGGUGGGGCGGGUAAGCCGCUCCCGGAGAAGGCCCCGACUUUCUUCCCACUCACCCCGGGCAAGACUCAGAAUCUGACCCUGGCACCUAUUCGCCCGAUGCGCACCCCCACACAUGACACAGAGACAAAAGAUGGCACUGGAUCCGGCCCAUUGCCUGACCUUACGUUUGAUGAGGCUAGAGUGCUAGUCUGCACUACUUUCGUCGGUGACGCGAAUCCGGACAUGAUGUUCUACAACCAGUGGCUGCAGAAGAAACCGCCCAUCGCUUCCAAGAUAACCAUGGAAGGCAUGUUCCUUGGGCCUCCAACCAUGCUCCUGAUCUCCAUGCCCCAAUCCACCUGGAAUGUUUUCCAACACGACAAGGUUUGUUGCUUCCUGGGCUACAUCAAUUCCCACAACAUGAUAGACCUGUACAAUGGUCUAGUCAAGUCCACGCCUGUACCGCCUCUCAACCACAAGGCAAUGGAGGAUGGCCGCAUCCUUCUCGAGGCCCGAGAGGCCGCCGCCAGCAGCCCAGCCAGCAAGAGGCGGCACGAGGCGAUUGCCCAGCAGGCGUCUAGCUACUCAGAGUUGCCAAUGCGGCAGGAGGCGCCGCCCACGAGGAAUCCUCUCCCGAGCUCAGCCCCCUCAGCGACCGUGCUGGCUAAUACGGCUCCGGCAAGGGACGACGGCGAGGACUCGGCCGAGAUGAAGGAGGCAGCCGAGCAGCUGAAGGCACUGAGUCACGUCAGGCACAUGAGCGACGGGGCGGCAAGCGCCGCCUCUGACCCACGUCAACGGGACUCCCCAUCCUCAAACGGCGCCAGUGAGUCUGGCAUGGAAGAUGUUCGCUACUCUGCGGACCUGAACGGUACUGUACCGAAACCAAAGCCGACCACACCCGCGCGGAAACCUCUUGCAAAGGCGCAGCCGAAACAGGACACCCGGUGCAGCCACUGCAGCCAUGCUCCUUUCAAAGAUUCCUCGUCGCUGCGCAAGCACAUCGCGGCUGCCCAUACCCGGCCAUUCCCCUGUGCUUUCUCCUUUGCCGGAUGCACCAGCACAUUUGGCUCCAAGAAUGAAUGGAAGAGACAUAUCGCAUCCCAGCACCUGUGUCUGCAGUACUACCGCUGUUCAGAGUGCCCAUCCAGUGCCGCCGAGGGCAAAGGUAAUGAAUUCAACAGGAAGGACCUCUUCACACAACACCUGAGGAGGAUGCACGCCCCAUUCGCCAUCAAAAAGGCACUGUCAAAAGUCGACAGCAAACUGAGCUCCGACUGGGACAAUCAUGUCAGAGACUUACAGCAGUCUUGCCUGGUCACACGCCGCGAACCGCCUCAACAGGUUGCUUGCCCCAAGCCCGAAUGUGGGAAGGAGUUUGAGGGUCAUAUCGCCUGGGACGAGUGGACCGAGCACGUAGGUCGCCACAUGGAGAAGGGAGACGGUAUUAGGCUUGGCGUCGACCCCAUGCUGGCCAAGUGGGCCCUGGAUGAAGGUAUCAUCGAGCGGGAUGAAAAUGGGGGAUACAGGUUCUCCACACAGAACGCCAGCAACGGAGAUAUAGAGCGACGCGAUUCCAUCGUAAAUAGCUCCUUCAUCUCGGACGGAGGCAAGCUGGGGGUGGAGCACAAGGCGGACAAGCUGGAUGACAUCGCAGGUGGCGAGAAAUCCGAAGACAACUUCGAAGACAACGUCGAAGACAACAUCGAAGACAACAUCGAAGACGACGAGCACGAUCCCAACUCAAUUGUAGUAGCAACAUCCACCGCGAUGCACGACGACCGGAUGGACACAGACGACUAGGAGAUUAGCUGUGUUACGGACGCGCAGGCGGCACUCGUGAUGCGAAAUCAGAGCCCAUUCGCCUUUGUCCGAAGGCAGCGCGGCGCCUCCGCAUUGAAGAGAUCGGGUUUGUGAAUACAGCCUCCACACAUGACCUCUUAGGGCACUCAGGCUGCCACGAGAUCCCCCUCCGAAGGACGGAAAAGGGCGUUUGUGGGGGGGGGGGGGGCGGCAUGAUUAGAGCCACACCAACUCUUGCAAUUCACACAGCGGGAUAUCACCUAGAAAAAGCCACGUGCUUGGGACGAAGCAAGCCUGGAAUAGCAUGUGUGUCUUGCGAGACAAACCCACAGGUGACCUACCGGCAUUGGUGAAACGGAACGACCUCGGAAGGUCCGCAUGCGACCAAUGCCCAACAGUCUCACAGUUUACCGAAAAGCUGCUGGUAUUCUGGCUGCAUGUUGCAUAAGCAAUUUAGAAGCGUGCGGCUUUGAAGCGCAGACAUGGCACGCCCAGAAGAGCCUUCGCCUGUUCCACCCUGAUGAGGAUUCGAAUGAAUGCUACCGGGAGGGAUUGAUGAAAAGUUUCAGAGGCUGAAAGGCAUGAUGCGGACACACGACGGAGUGUGAACAGGGCUCAAAAGGUUUUAUGAAAUCCCUGGGGAUGGAAUUUUUGAACGCAUUUCCGAAAGACCUCCCGCGGGUCUACAGGUCUUGACUUGGAACUUGGGAAAUAGUCCCUGUGCCAGUCCUUACGAGUCCUUUACGAUGAACGGAGCGAUCUGUGACGGCCCUCCCAUAGGGUGUCCCUUUGCGCGACGCAAAUGGGUUACUGAUUUUUGCGUUUUCUAUCUUUAUUUGCGGGAGUUAGGAUCAUGCGCGACCUCCGCGGUGUUGUUGAAAACCAAUUGGUGUGGGUUUGCUGGCAUAGCGGUUCAUUUCCAUCGUGCGAUGUGGAGCCCUUUUUUGUACAUACUUGAUUGAGUGUUCUCACCUGCUGAGACUCGUGGCCCAGACGAACAUCGAAGACUUUGUGCUACUCAACCUUGAUUGAUAACUUGGACCCUCGGUCCAACCACGAACAGAAGCACCGCAUUUCUAUGGAA